AUGGGCUUCUGGGCGCCCCGCUUGCUGCCGCCGUGGCUGGUGCUUUGCUGCCGCCUCUUUCCCUCGGCGCUGGCCGACGGCUGCCCGGCUCCGUGCCGCUGCCUGGGGGAGCUCGUGGAUUGCAGCCGCCUCCAGCUGAGCCGAGUGCCCGAGUCGCUGCCGGCGGGGAUGGUGCAGCUAGAUUUAAGCUACAAUAGAUUGUCUUCAAUCAAGCCCAGUUCUUUGACUCACCUCCAUAGCCUGCGAGAAAUAAAACUGAGUGGUAACGAAUUGAAAGACAUACCGAAUCUGGGGACUAUUUCAGCAAACAUUACUCUUCUGUCUUUGACAGGUAACAAGAUUUCUGACAUCUUGCCUGAACAACUGAGACCAUUUCAAUCUUUAGAAACUUUAGAUUUGAGCGACAACCAUAUUUCUGCGCUUACAAUGGCAUUGUUUCCUCCUCUGCCACUCAAGUACCUGCAUAUCAACAGUAAUAGGAUCGUUUCCCUAGAACCAGGCACUUUUGACAACUUAUCCAGCACACUUCAAGUACUGAAGCUGAAUAAGAACCGGAUUGCAUUCAUCCCACAGAAGAUGUUUAAACUCUCCCAUUUGCAACAUCUAGAGAUGAACCGCAACAAAAUUAAAAUGAUAGAUGGUCUUACUUUCCAAGGCCUUUCUGCUUUGAAAUCUUUACGAAUACAGAGAAAUGGGCUAGUUAGACUCAUGGAUGGAGCUUUCUGGGGAUUAAGCAACAUGGAAAUACUGCAGCUGGACCAUAACAACCUAACGGAGAUUACCAAGGGCUGGCUUUAUGGCCUGCGGAUGUUGCAGCAGCUUCAUCUGAGCCAAAAUGCUAUCAGUAGGAUCAGCCCUGAUGCCUGGGAGUUCUGCCAGAAACUCAGUGAGCUAGACUUAACUUAUAAUCAUUUAUCAAGAUUAGAGGACUCAAGCUUUGUAGGCUUAAGCCUGCUAGUGAGACUGAACAUUGGGAACAACAAAGUGAGCUACAUUGCUGACUGUGCCUUCAGGGGACUGUCCAGUUUACAAAUACUAGAUCUUAAAAAUAAUGAAAUCUCAUGGACAAUUGAAGAUAUGAAUGGUGCUUUCUCUGGACUUGACAAACUUAGAUGGUUGCUGCUCCAAGGAAACAGGAUUAGAUCAAUUACUAAGAAAGCAUUUUCUGGUCUGGAUGCGCUUGAACACCUAGAUCUAAGUAACAAUGCAAUCAUGUCAGUACAAGGAAACACAUUUUCACAAAUGAAGAAACUUAAAGAACUGUAUCUAAACACAUCAAGCCUUUUGUGCGAUUGCCAGUUGAAAUGGCUGCCAGAAUGGCUGGUAGAUAAUAACUUCCAGAGUUUUGUAAAUGCCACUUGUGCCCACCCUCAGAUACUGAAAGGAAGAAAUGUUUUUGCUGUCAGCCUUGAUGGCUUUGUGUGUGAUGAUUUUCCAAAGCCACAGAUAACUGUCCAGCCUGAAACUCAAUCAGCAAUCAAAGGUUCCAAUUUAAGUUUUAUAUGUUCAGCUGCCAGCAGCAGCGAUUCCCCAAUGACUUUUGCAUGGAAGAAGGACGGUGAAUUGCUGAAAGAUGCCGAAAUGGAGAAUUACGCACAUCUCAGGGCACAAGGCGGUGAAGUGAUGGAAUACACCACCAUUCUGAGGCUAUGCAACAUUGAAUUCAGCAAUGAAGGAAAAUACCAAUGCGUUAUUUCAAAUCACUUUGGCUCAUCCUACUCCAUCAAAGCUAAACUUACAGUGAACAUGCUGCCUUCAUUUACCAAGAUGCCCACGGACAUUACCAUUCGGGCAGGAGCAACGGCGCGGCUAGAAUGUGCUGCGGUGGGUCACCCAGUUCCUCAGAUUGCUUGGCAGAAAGAUGGUGGCACAGACUUCCCUGCAGCACGCAAGAGACGCAUGCAUGUGAUGCCUGAAGAUGAUGUGUUCUUCAUCGUGAAUGUCAAAAUUGAGGAUACUGGUGUUUACAGCUGCACAGCUCAAAAUACUGCUGGGAGUAUUUCAGCUAAUGCAACACUAACUGUAUUAGAAACACCUUCAUUUUUGCGGCCUUUGGUGGACCGAACUGUGACAAAAGGUGAAACUGCAGUCUUGCAAUGUAUUGCUGGUGGUAGCCCUCCACCUCGACUGAACUGGACCAAGGAUGACAACACUUUAAUAGUGACUGAAAAGCAUUUCUUUGCUGCAGGAAACCAGUUACUUAUCAUUGUAGACACAGACUUUGAAGAUGCUGGGAAGUACACGUGUGAAAUGUCUAACACACUUGGGACAGAGAGAGGCAACAUUCGCCUUAAUGUCAUUCCCACUCCUACCUGUGAUUCUCCUCAGAACACUGCCCCUUCUUUGGAUGACGAUGGAUGGGCCACAGUGGGUGUUGUGAUCAUAGCUGUGGUCUGCUGUGUGGUGGGCACUUCCCUUGUGUGGGUGGUCAUCAUCUACCACACAAGGAGAAGAAAUGAAGAUUGCAGCAUCACAAACACAGAUGAGACAAAUCUGCCUGCUGACAUUCCAAGCUAUCUGUCAUCCCAAGGAACUCUAGCUGAAAGACAAGAUGGGUAUGGGUCAUCAGAGAAUGGAAGCCAACAUCAUUUUGUUUCACCAACCUCAUCUGUGGGAGGAUAUUUCUUACAACAAAGGGAUAGCAAUGGAAUUUGUCAUAUCGAUAAUUGCAGUGAAAAUGAUGUGGAAGCUGUGACUGAUCCUUUUUUAUGCCAUUAUCUGGGAACUGCAGGAAGUGGUUAUCUGAAAGGGAAUAUAUGUGGGCCAGAUGUAUUCGAAGUAUACCAUCCAAGAUGUAUCCCAGAGCAAAGAAUCAUGUGUGCAGACCUUUACGAUUCCAGCUGCUUAAAGAAAAAGGAAUGUGGCCUGUAUCUACACCCACCCGAAGAUCUUUUUGACCAGUAUAUCAGCAUUUCUGGAAUGCACACUCCAAGUGGUAAAUUGCUGGCUUCUGUUUACGCUUCAAAUGAAGAAAGUGAAAUAAAAAACUCACAUCUCAACAUGGACACCUGCAACUUUAACAGAAAUCAGGAGCUGCCUUCUGUUGCUACAAGUAGCACUUUUCUGGGAACAUUUGGGAAACCUGUAUGGAGACAUCAGCUUGAUUCCUUCCCAAGCUGCAAGCAGGCAUCAGUCUGGCAACCCAAAGCCUCUCAUCAUCAUCCUCAUGAAUCACUGGACUUCGAUUCUGAGUCUGAGGAUGAUUGCAGAAAGGCCAGGACGUUUCCUGAUGGGGACAAUUGUAUUUACAGACAGGCUGCUGAACACCUGAGGACUCCGACUUUUCAAUUCUCUGAGUUGGAUACAUAGCCAAAGUCUCCCCAACUGAUUUAUGA